AUGAGUCAAGGUCUUACUCUGGAUUUCGAAUACAUUGGUGCUCACAUCGAUGAUUACAUUCGAAAUGAAAAUCUUUUUGAUACAUUCGAUCUCGAAGACAUCAAAAAAAUCAUGAGAUAUUCCAAAUCAACUACAACUCAGUUCGUUUCUCUUCUCAAACAAUCAUCACCAACUAUCAGUGCCAACAAAUUAUAUAGAUGUACACGAAAUGCGAAGGUUACAAUCCAAAACAUCGACGAGGUCUUUUCAAUUCUUAAAUCAGUCAAAAAAUACAUGAAAUUCAAUAUAUUUGAUGGUAUCAUUGAUUUUUUAGAGGUAAAUAAUAAUGAAACGCGUAAUCCUACAGAGGAAAUCACAAAACCUCAAGAACAAAUCCAAUCAUUUCAAAUUGAACAGAAUCGAACACAAGAAAGCAUCAAUCAUUCACGAGAUCUUUUAACUAAAAUCUCAUCACUUAAGAAAUCUCAUAAUUUUGAUAGUGUUUACCAAUUCUUUGAAGAACUUUCUUCUAAAAGCAAUGGCAAAAUGAUUUCAAAGGCUUGUGAAGAAGGACUUUGGAAAAAGACAACAGAGUAUGAAAAGAAUGUACUUCAUAUUGCAAGUGAAAAAGGAAAUCUUAAUCUUAUCAAAUCACUUAUUGAAUGUGGCUGUGAUAAAGAAACAAAGUCUAAAUAUGGAUCUACUCCACUCAUUCAUGCAUCAUGA